GCCUAUUUUACACGUCAUUUUGUGCGGAAGCUUCUGUAAACGGAAGGUUCAUGCAGUGUUCUUCCGAAGGAUAAAAAACAGAACACACAGCGAUGUCUACGCGGGUGAUGCAGGCGGCUCGAUGCCCGACAGACGAAUUGUCGCUCACCAACUGUGCCAUCAUCAACGACAAGGAUCAACCCUCUGAACAACACGUGAUUGUGCGCAAUUCAGCCCACAAAUAUGUUUUCACCUGGAAGACACAUCCCAGUGUGAACAUCAACACCAUCGCCUUCAGUCAGGCACAGAGAAAAUGGGCAGGCAUAAUAAUUGGACAAGAGGUUGAAGUAUCAAAUUACAAGUUUGACAAGACCAAACAGUGCAUAAGCACCAUGACGGUGGAAAUCGACUUCCUGCAGAAGAAGCAGGCAGACACCAGGUCCUAUGACACAGACAUGAUGGCCCCAGAGUUCCUCGAGAAAUUCAACAGCCAGGCCUUCAGUGUUGGCCAGCAGCUUGUGUUUAGCUUCUGUGAUAAGCUUUUCAUCUUGGUGGUUAAGUACAUGGAGGCCAUGGACCCCAGCAUCCUGAUGGGAGGAAACAUUUCUGGGAAGAAACAGAAGACUGACAUCGGUUUGUUGGUGGCAAACAGUCAGGUGGUUUUUGAGAAGUCAGAGAGCUCGUCUGUAUUCCUGGCUGGGAAAUCUAGGACCCGAGAGUCGCGCCAGUCCAUUAUCAGCCCAGACUGGAACUUUGAGAAGAUGGGUAUUGGCGGCCUCGACAAGGAGUUUUCCGACAUCUUCCGCAGGGCCUUCGCCUCCCGAGUGUUCCCUCCAGACCUCGUUGAAAAGAUGGGCUGUAAACACGUGAAGGGAAUCCUGCUGUUCGGCCCCCCGGGCUGUGGUAAAACCCUGAUGGCACGACAGAUCGGCAAGAUGCUGAAGGCCCGGGAGCCAAAGAUCAUCAACGGCCCUGAGAUUCUCAACAAGUACGUGGGAGAGUCGGAGGCAAACAUCAGGAAGCUGUUUGCGGACGCAGAGGACGAACAGAAGAGGCUCGGUGCCAACAGCGGCCUUCACAUCAUCAUAUUUGAUGAAAUUGAUGCCAUCUGUAAGCAGCGUGGCAGCAUGGCGGGCAGCACAGGAGUCCACGACACUGUGGUCAACCAGCUGCUGUCCAAGAUAGAUGGAGUGGAGCAGCUCAACAACAUUUUGGUCAUAGGUAUGACCAACAGGCCGGACCUGAUAGAUGAGGCCUUGUUGAGGCCAGGAAGACUGGAGGUGAAGAUGGAGAUUGGCUUACCGGAUGAAAAGGGACGCAUUCAGAUCCUCAACAUCCACACAGCGAGGAUGCGGGAGAACAAACUGCUGGCCAGCGACGUCGACGUUAAAGAGCUGGCUGCAGAAACCAAGAACUACAGCGGUGCUGAACUGGAGGGUCUGGUUAGAGCUGCACAGUCCACCGCCAUGAACAGACACAUCAAGGCCAGCAGCACAGUGGAGGUAAACAUGGAGACGGCAGAACAGCUGCAGGUCAGCAGGAUCGACUUCAUGGCCUCGUUGAAUAACGACAUCAAACCCGCGUUUGGAACCAACGAGGAGGACUACGCCAGCUACAUCAUGAACGAUAUAAUCGAAUGGGGUGACGAAGUGGCGGCAGCCCUGGAAAAGGGGGAGCUGCUGGUGCAGCAGACAAAGAACAGUGACCGCACGCCGCUAGUCUCUGUCCUGCUGGAAGGCCCACCUAACAGCGGGAAAACGGCACUGGCAGCUCAGAUUUCCCAAUUGUCACAAAUUCCCUUCAUUAAGAUCUGCUCCCCCGACAAGAUGAUCGGACACUCUGAGAUCGCCAAAUGCCAAGCCAUUAAAAAGAUAUUUGAAGAUGCGUACAAAUCCCAGCUGAGCUGUGUGGUUGUGGAUGACAUCGAGCGCUUGUUGGAUUAUGUGCCAAUUGGCCCUCGUUUCUCCAACAUGGUGCUACAGGCGUUGCUGGUGCUGCUGAAGAAACCCCCUCCGAAGGGUCGUAAGUUGCUGAUCGUCGGCACCACAAGUCGUAAAGACAUCCUUCAGGAAAUGGAGAUGUUGGAUGCUUUCAGCACCACGAUCCACAUUCCCAACAUCUCAAAAGGAGAGGAGCUGAUAAAGGCCUUGGAGCUGCUGGGCAGUUUCAAUGAGACAGAACGGGCUGAAAUAGCUAAAGCUGUAAAGGGCCAUCGCUUGUGGAUCGGCAUUAAAAAGUUGCUCAUGCUGAUAGAAAUGGCAGCACAGAUUGAUCCGGGCUCCAGAGUUAAGAAGUUCAUAAGUCUACUGGGGGAUGAAGGAGGACUCAGUGGAGCCACACUGUGAAACAGAGGCAUCGUUCAACGUUGCAGAGGAUCAGAAGCCUGAAAAGGAUGGCAGGAGGAAGCUCUGCGUGCCUCUCUGAGCUGCAAGCAGGCAGCCUCCUCCUCUGCAGCAUUCUGUUAACCUGUUCAAUUAGAGAAAAAAAUCAAUCAAUAAAUAAAAAUUAGAGACAUGCACAGUUCUUGUGGUAUGUAGCUGACUUUUUCUAUAAUCUGUUUGUGAUUUAUAUAUAUAUAUAAAAUGUUUUAGUAUGUAUUUAUUAGUUUAUUAGUAUAUAUUAUUAGUAACGUUUUGGGCCACUGUGCCCUUUUCAGACUGGUGGCCUGAAACGUUACUGACUGAAAGUCCUUUUGUAUUAAAUGUUUGUUCCAGGAGCGCUCUGGUGUGCGGACUUUCUUCUUCUACUUCUGUAACUGUUUUUGUUCCUGCACCCUUUUAAUAUUGGAUGUACGUGUUCAGCCUACAGAGUUCUUUUCUUAUGUUGCAAUCUUCCUCGCCUCUGAUCUUUUUAUUGUAUUAAUUAAAUAAUAUCACUAAUAAAAAA